AUGAAAGGCGUUCACGUUCUGUUAGGACCCAGUACUGGACCUAUGGGCCGCCACCCUCGAGGCGGUCGCGGUUGGGAAGGCUCCGGCCCAGAUCCCUAUCUUGCUGAACUAGCUAUGAAUGAGUCUGUCACUGGUAUCGAAUCCACUGGUGUCCAGACAAGCUCGAAGCAUUACAUUGGCAACGAGCAAGAAACUCAGCGCAAUCCUAGUACCAAGGAUGAUGGAACAGUUAUCGAAGCGAUAUCGGCAAACAUCGACGACCGGACACUCCAUGAACUCUACCUCUGGCCAUUCGCCAAUGCCGUCCACGCUGGAACGGCAUCGGUUAUGUGUGCCUACAGUCGCCUGAACCAAUCAUACUCCUGCGCGAGCUCAGAGAUUCUGAGCACAAUUCUCAAAGACGAACUAGCAUUCCCUGGAUACGUGGUCUCCGACUUUGGCGCCACACACUCCACAGUGGAUUUCGCGGAAGGAGGUCUAGACAUGGAGAUGCCCGGAAAUAUCACCGCAGCCGGAUUCCCAUGUUACUUUGGCGACAAACUCCUCGAGGCUGUCCAGUCGAACAAAGUAUCGGAGGAACGUCUCGAAGACAUGGCCAGAAGAGUUGCGAAGCCCUAUUUCCGACUUCAUCAAGACAGGGACUUUCCGAUGGUCGAUCCUGCCACAGGGCCCACGCUCUUUGUUACUCAGCUUGGACCUGUACCCUCAAUGGCAGGAGCGUUCACUGAGGUCCCAGCCAUUGACGCUCGCGGCGACCAUGCGCGCGGCAUCCGCGAGCUGGGCGCAGCCGGCACAGUGUUGCUGAAGAAUGUCAAUGGCACACUGCCUUUGACAAACCAAACUAGCUUCGGUCUUUUCGGAAACGGCCUCCCAGAUCCAGCCAUUGGAUCAGCAUUCGUGCCUCCACGUGCCGAAGACGUUCCAGAGGGCUACGAAAUGGGCACCCUUGACAUUGGUGGCGGAUCUGGCUCUAUGCGACACACCAAUCUUGUGAGCCCACUCGAAGCCAUACGGACGAAGGUGAAAGCUCUCGGAGGCCGCGUGCAAUUGCUGUUCGACAACAAUGAGAUUGCGGCGGGACGAUUCGCGACCAUCUAUCCAACACCUCAAGUCUGUUUGUUGUUCUUAAAGGCCUGGGCAACGGAAGGCGCCGAUAGACCGGAUCUGAACCUCCAGUGGAAUGCUACCAUGGCUGUCGAAAGCACAGCAGCGCUAUGCCCAAACACUAUCGUGGUGACACAUGGGCCGGCCGUAGUCUUGAUGCCAUGGGCGGACAACGAGAACGUGACAGCCAUCUUAGCUGCACACUAUCCAGGCGAAGAGAUCGGAAACUCAAUCACUGACGUCCUCUGGGGAACCGUUGAGCCUUCCGGCCGGUUGCCCUACUCCAUUCCCAAGAACGAAUCAGAUGCCGGCCCUCCGAUUCUAGUAUUGCCCGCGAACACCACAGAUCCUGACGCAUGGACCAUAAACUUUGUUGAGGGUCAGAUGAUCGACUAUCGGUACUUUGACGCAAACCAGGGCAAGGAACCCCUUUACGAGUUCGGCUAUGGGCUUUCAUACACCGAAUUUGACAUGGCACCGAGCCUGGACGUGCAACUCACCGCCGGCUCGUUGAACCAACAUGUCAACAAGUCCAUGGGUAAAGCACCAGGAGGGAUGGUCGAUCUGUGGACCAACGUAGCUGUAGUGACAGUCAACGUCACUAAUACAGGUGAUAGAGCAGGUUCCGCUGUCCCGCAACUCUACGUAUCACUUCCCCAGGACACGACGCCCCCAGGCACACCUGUAAAGGUGUUGAGAGGGUUCAACAAACUCCAUCUUCGCAAAGGCGAGACGAAACAAGCGACGUUUGAUCUUAUGAGAAGGGACUUGAGCUACUGGGACGUUCAAGAGAAAGAGUGGGUUAUUCCGAGAGGUUCAAUUAGUCUCUUGUCGGGAUUCAGCUCCAAGGACCUACGAGCAAACACAACAAUUGCAGUGUAG